UGCAGCAGAGCAGCGGCGACACUGAAGGAGAAAAGUCCAGUCUCCUCGAGGAGGUAAAAGGACGGCGCUGAUCAACGAGCUGCAGCGGACGCAGGGCAUCUGCCUGAAGCUGCUGCACGUUCCUGUUCUAGCUCCUGUUCUAGCUCCUGUUCUACAGCGCCUCCGCCACCAUGGUUCUGGAGGAGAACGAGUGCGACUCCAUCUUUGAGCCUCAAAUCACCGAGGAGCACGUGGAGACUCAGUAUGGAAACAUCCACUGCGUCCUGACGGGGACUCCCAAGUCCAACCGGCCCGUGAUCCUGACGUUUCACGACGUUGGACUGAACCACAAGUCCUGUUUUGAGGCUCUGUUCAACCACAAGGACAUGCAGGAAAUCACCAGACACCUCCCAGUUUGUCAUGUUGAGGCCCCAGGGCAGCACGAGGCAGCCAAAACUCUACCCACUGCGUACAUCUACCCUUCAAUGGACCAGCUGUCUGAGGCUCUGCCCACGGUCCUCCGGCACUUUGGGCUGCGCAGUGUGAUCGGACUGGGAGUCGGAGCGGGAGCCUACAUCUUGGCGAGAUUCGCCCUGAAUCACCCGGAUCUGGUGGAUGGAUUAGUUCUGAUCAACAUCAACCCAAACGCUGAGGGAUUAAUGCAUAGUGUUGCAAACAAGAUCACCGAAUGGACCCACACUCUCCCAGACCAAGUCAUUGCACACUUGUUUGGAAAACACGAGAUCCAAACGAAUCACGACCUCAUCGCCACGUACCGUCACCACAUCACCAUAACGAUGAACCAGUCCAACGUGAGCCAGUUCUUCCGCUCCUACAACAACCGCAACACUCUGGAGGUGGAGAGGCCUGUUCCCGGGGGCAACGUCAACGUCAGGACGCUCAGAUGUGCCACUCUGCUGGUUGUAGGGGAUCACUCCCCAGCCGUGGAGGCCGUGGUCGACUGCAACGCCAAGCUCAACCCCACCAACACCACGCUGCUCAAGAUGGCAGAUUGUGGAGGUCUUCCUCAGGUGGAUCAGCCCGCUAAAGUGAUUGAAGCCUUUAAAUACUUUAUCCAGGGCAUGGGAUACUUGUCCAGUGCCAGCAUGACCAGGCUUCGCUCGAGGACCACCUCGAGCUCCAGCUUCACCUCCUACGACGGCUCUCGGGGCCGCACGCACACCGACGAGCUGCAGCGUGGCCGGACCUACUCCCACAGCACGGCGGAGAAGCGCGGCCGCUCGCUCACCGACGUCUCCAUGGAGAGCAUUUCCCGCGCUAACAUAGAUCAGAUCAUCUCGAAGUCCACCGAGGUGGCAUGCUAGAGCCCAGGCCAUCACAACACCUCAUUGUACUUACACCCCACCCCGCUUCAUUCAGUCAGGCCCUUUCAUCUGCACUAUAUCAGGUAGUCUGUACAGCAUGACCUCUAUAACUCUCCCCUUCUAUCCUUUGUGACAGCUGUUUAGUCUGUAUUUAACUUUUUAUUUCCUGUCACCUGUUACUUCUUGUAUCUAUUUUGCAGUUUUUGUUCUGUUAUUUAUACUUAUUUACUUAUAUACACCACAUGUGAAAACAUAGAAGCUAAAAUGCAUCCUUUGAUGAGGGAAUCAUUAAGCCAUCACAUAUAUAAAACACUUACAGUGUAAGGAGCCUAAUCAAUAUAGGAUGCAGAAUUGUUUGCUGUUUAUAUGCAGUCGUGCACAGGUAAUUGCACAGAUAUGUUACUUUUGGAAUUUGAUUCAGUCCAGUCAUUGAAAUAUGUAACAUCUAUUAAGUAAGGUAUCUCUUAUGUUCUCACUGAAUAAACAUUUGACUUUAAAUAAACAGCUCUCAUUUAUCAUCACUGUGAAAUACCAGUCUGAUCCCUGAGACCUGCAAAUAUGGAGAGACAGUGGUACUUCUCUGCUCUUUCCACUAGAUGGCGCUCUAUAACUCUCUUUCAUUCAUUCACUUAUUACUUAGUUUUCUUG